CUCAUCCGCUUCAGGCAGAUGCACGAGACAUUUCGACAACCCGAGAUAGAAGCACUGGCAGAGUUGAACAAGUUCACGGUAGAAUGGCUUUCGUACUCCGAUCAUUCGCCCUUCGCCAUCGUUCGCUUUUCUGAUAACAUCAGCCCCGACUCUGCAGCUCAAGCACUAACUACACGUUCGAUACUACUAUGGAGUGUUCACGAGCUCUGGGGCGAGGGAACCAGCUAUCCCCUCCUCCAUACGGACAUUCAGUCGCGAACUUCUCAUCUAUGGUCGGCAUACCGAGAGCCGUCUUUUCGUUUCGUCGUCGACAGCCACCAGCAUAGCCGUCCCACAGCAGAACAACGCGCCAUCUUCGAAGAGCUGGGCUACCUAGACUUUCAAGGACCCAUUGUCAUGAAGAACCCCGAACAUCUCUUCACCGUCUUCGAGGAAUACCCUUUGCACACCACCGUGCCGAAACGUCUCUUCUUUGGCCGAUGUCUUUCCGAAAGUAAAGGCAAAGCAGUGGUGAAAUACAAUCUGAAGAAACGCACGUACAUUGCCACGACGUCGAUGGAUGCGGAAUUGUCCCUCAUCACUGCCAAUAUUGCACUCUGUCGCCCGGGAAGUCUCGCCUAUGAUCCAUUCAUGGGCACCGGCUCAUUCCCGCUCGCAGCAGCACAUUUUGGAUCUACCGUCUUCGGAUCCGACCUAGAUGGGAGAAGCAUUCGAGGGAAAAAAGGUCGGAAUGUUGCGGCCAAUUUCAUCCAGUAUGGGACUUCUGCUCAAUACUUGGGAGGAUUUGCCGCCGACCUCACAAACACGCCUUUGAAGCAGGGGAGAUUCUUGGACGCCAUCUUGUGCGAUCCACCGUAUGGUGUGAGAGAAGGCUUGAAAGUGCUAGGGAGCACCAAGGACUAUCUGCAGCGCGAGGUGGUACUAAAGAAUGGAAUGCUGGCUCAUUUGAAGGAAGACUAUAUUCCUCCCAGAAAAGCGUAUAGCUUCGUGAGGAUGCUAGACGAUAUCCUCGACUUCAGUGCCAACAUGCUCGUCAAUGACGGGAGACUCAGUAUGUGGAUUCCCGUCGCUGGCGCCGUAGAAGGAGAUCUGGACCACGAGAACGAGGGCGAGGGCGAGGUCAAGGAUGAAGAAAACGUGCAAGAAUACGUGAUACCACAGCAUCCAGCAUUAGUCCUGGUGAGCCAAUGUCGACAAGAUUUCAACAAAUGGUCACGACGUCUACUCACAUAUCGAAGACUUCACGACAACCAAGUCGACGCUCACGCCUUGGCUACAUACCAGAUGCGAAGAUUACAAAUUCACGAGGAAAGUAGCACAGGCACCGCUGAUGAUCUGAAUGCUUUCCGGAGACAGUAUUUUCAAGGCUUCAAGGAACCGCCGCGAACGUGACUUGUACAUCAUACAAGUCUUUAGGAUGCCACGCAUCCCAGGGUGAAGUCAUCAGCGUCGUGGGUAGCUCUGGCUCUUAUGGCUCGUGGCAAUCCGAGAAAAAAAAUUCCAAAUCAUGUUGGAACUUGUCAAGGAGGAGUUUAUCCAUCAGGUAGACAUUCAGUACUUCCAACAUAACUGGGCAAUUGUGCACAUGCACAUGCCAGUCAAC